AUGGGCUUCGAAAUCGAUCAAGUUGUCAAUGCCGGGCCGGCAAUGACCCCGGAUGCAGAUGUAGGCCUACUUGCAACAAAAGAUAUCGGCGUUGGAGAGUCAGUUUUGGAGAUGGAGAGAUGGAUAGCAGUCCUUGAUUCAGCACGGCUGGCGGAUACUUGCUCCCAUUGUUUCGAUACACAAUAUCUGCGAGAUUCUCAGCCUAAUGAGAAGCCUUUGGACCUGAAAUUGUGCGCAGGGUGCAAAACCGUAAGGUAUUGCAGAAAGGACUGUCAAGUACAAAGCUGGCGUGCAUUCCACAAAUAUGAAUGCAAAAUCUAUAAAAAGUUAUAUCCAAAAAUACUGCCAACGUCUGCCAGAGCAGUGAUGAGAAUUGUUCUCUUGAUUACCAAUAGUGCAAAUGAUCCAGGUGGUCAGAUGCCGCUGUUCCACCGUUUAACUGACCACAGGUUGAAGAUUAAGAAAGAACGGCCGGAACAUUACGAAAAUUUAGAACUAUGUGCCAAGGCAGUUCAUGAGUACUCGAACACUGAUUUAAGUAUUGAGGAGAUCAUCCUAUAUUUUGCUAAGCUUGAUACAAGUGCGUUUACGCUUACAUGUCCAUUUGGUGAUCCAAUUGGCAUUGCAGUGCACCCUAAUGCGGGUUUCUGCAAUCAUAGCUGCUCUCCGAAUACGUCAGUGGACUUUGAUGGCUCGAGAGUUUUUGCUCGGGCCCUCUGCAAGAUCUCAAAAGGCGAACAGAUUUACAUUUCAUAUAUUGAGGCUACAGACCCGUAUGCAGUUCGACAACGCGAACUUUCUUCAAGAUACUUCUUCAAAUGUAAAUGUUCGAAAUGCAAAAAGGGCGACAAGGGCCGAGAAGAUCAAUUCUUAAGACAGCUUGGUCAAGCGGAUUCUGCUAUCAUUCAAGAUGCCCAAAAACAAGUGACGACUUUACUCGAAGCUGUGAAGACAGGUAACUCUGCAGAGGAUUCAAUUUCUAAACUUAGGUCUGGAAUGAGCAUUCUUAGGAAGACUUCUCUCUGGCCCCUGACCCGCCAACCCUACGUUAAACUACGUGGUGAACUCGCGGUCUCUCUUCUAGAAGCCAAAAAUUUCGAAUCUGCUUUUAUUCAACUCGCUAUAAUAUAUCUUCGCAUUGACCCGAUUCUGUACCCGCAAAGUUGGCACCCGAUUUUGACCUGCCACAAGUGGAGAUUUGUCAAGCUAUUGAUGCACCUUUCAGGAACAGGAGAAUUGGGUAAUGCCGAGGGUAUUGACCUUGCAAAAUACAAGUUCGACCUCCACAUCCUUAUUUAUUCGAUUCUGCUUAAUAUGAAUGCAACCCUUUGCAAUGAAUUGCCUACGGUACAACAGAUGGCCUACGGCGCCCUGUUAGACUUUGCGCAUCCACAACUAACUACAGCCGCGAUACUUCCCAUGAUUGACUUGGAAUGGAAAAAAUUGGAUGCUAUGGUGGAAGAAGCGUUACAAAUAGACGAAGCUUCCAUUUAG